AUGGAAGGCGAAUCUUCGCCCCAACCCGGGGGCUUCAUCCCUCCUACCGGCCUGCUCACCCCCACACCCUCGACAGCGUCAUCGCGACCCGUGGUUUCGCUGCCGCACCCCCGGCAGAAACCGCUAAACCCAAGCGGCAGCAAAGGAGACCAGGUGCGGCGCAGCGUCGAAGAGGAACUUUUGAACAUAUCGCGCCGCUAUGUCAAGAAAUUCAGCGGCCCGGACCCCGAUAACACCGUGGUCGGCUACACGGAUUUCACCGAAAUCGCAAAGAAUCUCGAGGACGUAGUUGACACACUAUGGAGUACUGGAACUCCAUUUUUGCAGAUACCAUUUCUGCUCAAAGUGAGCGGCGACUUUACCCAAUACGUGCGCUCAUUUCCACUGGCGCCCACGGCCACGUUCCAACUUCUCAGCAAAAUAGAUCAUUGCUUCGCCAGUCUGCUAUGCGGGCACGACAUAGCCACGCAAGAAGUUCUUCCGGGUUUCGAGAAUGGACUGCGGGGCGGCAUGACUACCACAGACAUGGUACGCUGCCGCAGCUUAGUCGAGCAGACGCGGGUUCUCAUUGUAGAAAUGAUAAGCAAUGAAACCAGCGAGGGGUCCGAUGAGGACAGCGAAGAUGAUGAUGACGACGACGACGAAGAAAUUGAUAUUGAUGAGGAAGACGACGGCGACAACGAGCUUGCUAGUGUUCGUCUCGAGGCCGCUCGCGUUUAUGAAAACACCAUUAUCCAGCUGGGCAACAGACUCGGGGAUGGCGGUUUGGCCCCUACAUAA